AUGCCCGUACUAAGUCGCAGAGGCCAACGCCGCCCAGAAAGACGUAUCGCCGACGACGAAGACGAUGACUCUGGUCCCCAGAAUCCCCUCCCAGAAUACGAACCCCUCUCCUGCCCGCUCUCAGCGGAAGCGAAGCGCGCCAUCGCAGAUCUCUCCAACAGCCGCGAUGUUCAUCGCUACGAAAACCACCUGAAAGCCUCGAUACGACAUCUCGGUUUCUCCGUUGUCGGCAUCAACGACGCCGUCCGCACGCGGCACGAGGCCCUCGCCCGCUUCGCCGAAAAGCGCGCCGAGUCGCAAUCGCAGGGUGCAGAUAGCAAGACGGACAGUCUCGACAGCCAGGAAAAGUCCCAGCGCGAGCUCGACGUUGAAGCACAUACAGCCGCGCUGGACGACGAGGUACCCCGCCUGACGGCCGAAGCCGAGGCCGCGCUGCGCGAUCUGAUUGACAGGCAGACGGAGCUCCUUGACGAAAAGGCUGCGCUCGCGGACACGGUCAACUACUUCCAGACGCUCCCCGAGCAGGCGCCCCUCCAACGCGGCGGGCGCACACGAGCGGAGGCCAACGGUCGCGGCGGCGACGCAGAUGAGGACGACAACGACGCAGCGGACGAGAGCGUGCUCCCGCCGCCGCCAGAGUACUCCGUCAUCGACAUACUACGCCAGCAGCGCGCCGACAAGCUGACAGAGUACGAGCGCAUGACGGCCUACCAGCGCUACGCCGUCAAUAACGACUACGCCGCCUUCAAGAAGCUGUGGCACGAUGCCGCGCACGGCGACGCUGAGGUUUCCCUACCCAAUGCGAAGCGUUGGUUUGACGAUGCCGGAAACCCCGUCAUGCCUACCGUAUCCCGGAGAGGCGGCAGUGGUGAUGGCGAAUCAGCCGCGGCAGCUGCGAGGGGUGCGGAGGCAGACGACAGCGACGACGACCUCGUUAUUGCUGGAGAGAACAGGGAGUACAGGUGCCCGCUGUCCAUGCAACUGUUCAAGGACCCCGUCAGCAGCAGCGCGUGCAGCCACACGUUUGAAAAGGCGGCGAUUACAGAGUUCCUGCGUAGGUCGCCGGGUCAUCGCGCGCAGUGUCCCGUGGCUGGUUGUUCCAAGGAAAUCGCUCUCAACGACUUCUUUGACGAUCCAGUUAUCCUGCGCAAGAUGAAGCGGGCUCUGGAGCAGCAACGCCGUCGGGAGGAGGAGGAGGAAGAGCGAGAGGGUGAAGAGUCGGACGGGAACGGAGAUGGUGACGAGCCGCGGGUGGUCAAGCGGGAGGGGGGCCGUUCAGCAGGGAGGAAGAAGCGCAAGGUGGAGGAAAUUGUUGAUGAUGACGACGAGGAGUAA